AAAAGUCAACGUGACAACGUCGCACAAACCCUAUCAUUGUAAUGUCAGCUGAUUGUGUUGUGAUGGUUGAUUCGCAUAAAGCAGCUCGUUCAUAAAAAUUGUAUGAUGGGGGCCGGCGUGAGCGCAGGGGAGAACAACGACGAUCUUAUUGAUAACCUGAUUGAAGCAAAUUACAUAAAAACAUCACUGGUUGAAAGAGUAUUUCGAGCAGUCGACAGAGGAGCUUAUUUCCUUCCAGAACCGCCAGCAGAUGCAUACAGGGACGUAGCGUGGAAAAAUGGAAAUUUCCACAUCUCAGCGCCAUGUAUUUACAGUGAGGUCAUGGAAGGACUGAAACUGAAACCCGGACAAAGUUUUUUGAAUCUUGGUUCUGGAACUGGAUACUUAAACACAAUCGCAGGACUCAUUCUAGGAAGCUACGGCAUAAAUCACGGGAUUGAAUUGCACGAAGAUGUCAUCCAGUAUGCAUACAUGCGUCUUGAGGAGUUCAAAAAACACUCAGGUGCUAUCGAUGAGUAUGACUUCUGCGAACCCAAAUUCAUGCAAGGGAAUUGCCUGUGUUUGGCCUCAGGUUUCCACUUGUAUGAUAGGGUGUACUGUGGGGCCGCUUGCCCAGAGAAGUAUCUCGGUUAUAUAAAGAACUUGAUAAAGGUUGGCGGAAUUUUGGUUGUGCCUAUCAAUGAGAGGUUGGUUGAGAUGAGAAGAGUUUCAGAAACUUUUUGGUCAACUCACUAUUUGUUGCCAGUUUCGUUUAUAAAUUUAGUCAAACCAGAACAAGGAAGUCAAGAGAUAGUGCCAGCGUUUGACAUUGAACCAUUGUCAUUGCAAGAAUUGUGCAAAACUACCAUCAGAAAUUUGUUGCGGAAAAUUAUUGAAACAGAGAAUCCAAAUGUAAAAUAUACCAAUAUGUUGAAGAAAAGGAAAACUGCUAAGAAGAAAAAGCCUAUCAAAAGAUUUUCAUUCAGAGACAGAAACGGCAGAAGAGAAACUCCCAGAGCUUCAGAAGAACUCCUCGACUUCUUCUUACUGACGGUUGCCCGUAAGAAGAAACGAAUAAAUCUUGCGGCAGCUCAAGAAAGAGCAAAUUCGUCAAGUUCAGCUAAUAACGACGACAGCGACGAUGUAUCUUCUGACAGUGACGAUUCGUCUCUGGAAGAUUCUAUGGAAACCAUGGAGGAAGCUUUGAACAUAUUGGAUAGAAGAACGCACGAGAAUUAUGCUUCAACCAGCUCAAACUCUCAAAAUAACGAUACAGAAGAAGCUACAAGCAGUAAACACGAUAUCAAAGAUGAUAGCAAGGUGAUAGUGCACAGAGAGAAUACAACAGAGACUGAAAACCAAGAUCAAACGGUAAGUUACAACAUAACGGUGGAACCAAUGGUCGUGGAAGAACAAGUACCAGAAGAAAAUAACGAGAAGUCAGAGAAGAAAGAGAAGAACAGUAGAGAUAAGUUCGACAGCGGAUUGGGAGACGAAGUUUUGAUUUCUGAAUUGCCUGUCGACAUGGUGGAGACCAUGUCGAGCAGCAGCGACGACGAUCAGGAAAAUAAGAGAUGUAAGAGAGGACUGAAAGACAAAGAGAAGAGGUCGAGUUCGAAGUGGCGCAAAAUCGACAGAAUAGACGCCCCGAAAAAAUGUGAUAGUGGAGAGAGCACUGACAAUGAGGACAAAAGUGAUAGUGAGAGUGAGUACGUCGAAGCCUUGCAUCGGAUGAAAAUGUACGUAAGUCCGUAUAGUGUACAUAUGAAAAGUAAAAUUCAACAACUGCCUCUGCCGUCUAACGUGAAGAAGUUUCUAAACUUUUACAGAGAUUUUUAAUCUUUCUGCAAGUAAUUGUACUAGAAGAUAGGAGAGUUGUCUUAGGGUUGUUCCCGUUGCGGUUAAUAACGUUAUAAAAAGUACCUAAAGGAAUUUUAUACAUUGAGGUGAUAUUGUGUAAAUUAUGUGUUAUGAUCUGAUUUCAUUGUAUUUUACAUAUAACUACAUUGUGCUUGUAUUUGGGUUUAUUAAAGGAUUUGGCUGAAAAAUUUA